CACAUCCUGCUCACAGCUCACUCCCAUAGGAGCUGGGAGCUCCCAGUCAGAGGGGGGCAAAGGGUCGCUCCAGGAGGUGGGUGUCACCAGGAGGUGUUAGGAUCUCCCAACACUUGUACCCUCCCAAAUCUAAUCAGUGUUUUCUACUUUUUCUAAUCUGAUGCGUGAAAAACAGAAUCACAUUGUUUUACUUUGCACUUUUUCAUCAGGACAACUUGUAUUUCUUCUGUGUUUUUUCUCUUCCUAUCCUCUGGUGGCUUUUCUAGUGAAUUGUCUUUUGGGAUUUGGUACUAUUAAUCCUUCAAAGACGCUGCAAGCUUUUUUCUUUGCUAUUACACUAUUUGACUUUUGUCUUUGUGACCCACUAACCACAUGGGCAGUUAUAUAGUAGCCUCUCUGAGCCUCAGUUUCCUCAUCUGAGAGCUGGAAAAACACCAGCCACCUUGGUUGGCCAGGAGGACUAAACAAGAAUGUGCAGUACUUAGUGGACCACAUCACCAGCUCUCGACAAAUGUGGCCAUCACUGUAGUCUCUACAUUACCCCCCCAAGUCCCCAACAAUGUAGUGCACCAGGAAAUUCAGCAGCAGGUCAUGGGGAGGGCCAAUCCCACGCCAUCUGGGCUGAAUCUACUUCACCUUGUGGGGCUUUCAUUUAAAUGUUUGCUAAAGUCAGAGCAGGAUUCUGAAGUGCACAAAAAAGACUCUAACUUGACUGUCUCCCUCUGUCCUGACCCUCCAUCAGCCGGACCCCGAGUACUGCAGCCUGCAGGAAGGCCUGCCCUAUCUGGACAUGGUAAUUGCAGAGACCCUGAGGAUGUACCCACCAGCUUUCAGGUUCACACGAGAGGCUGCGCGGGACUGUGAGGUACUGGGGCAGCGCAUCCCCGCGGGCUCUGUGCUGGAGAUGGCCGUAGGCGCCCUGCACCAUGACCCCGAGCACUGGUCACAUCCUGAGGUCUUUGACCCUGAAAGGUUCACAGCAGAGGCUGAGCAGCAGCGGAGACCCUUCACCUACCUGCCCUUUGGGGCUGGGCCCCGGAGCUGCCUCGGGGUGCGGCUGGGGCUGCUUGUGGUCAAGCUGACGCUGCUCCACAUGCUGCACGAGUUCCGCUUCGAAGCCUGUCCUGAGACUCAGGUACCACUGCAGCUAGAAUCCAGCUCUGCCCUAGCUCCAAAAAAUGGUGUCUACCUUAAGAUCGUGUCCCGCUGAUGCAGAAGGCGCCUGGCUAAGCAGGCAGUGCCACAUGGCUAUGACAUCUGCAAAUGGGCUCCUGUAAGUUCAAGGAAAACACAGAGGAAUGCAGGUGUUUAAAGAAACAUCGCUGGGGUGACUGAGAGUACCCGAGUACCCCACUUACCGAACAGAUCCCAAAUGCUUAGUAAAUGUUUGUCCAACUCACUUUUGACAUUGCCAAUGAGGUUGGAACCACUGAGCUCACUCUGAGUGAAGGUUUGUAGAUAAAUAAACAAAAACACAGUUUUGACAAAACCG